GUCGCGUCGCAGGAAGCGGGUCGUCGCGUCUCUCGCCUUCAUUCAAUUCGAGCGAGCGAGGGAUCGAUGGCAGAUCUUGAAAUUGUCGACCUCGAGCUCGAGCUCGACCUCCAUCGCUGACACCGAUUGUACACCAAAUCUGCUUCUUGCUUGAUCGCCCUCGGCCUCAUCCUUUCACCAUCAUCGUCAUCGUCGUUCCGUACGCACUUCUCGGCAAUGAUCGAGCUCCGGAAUGGCGCACAUUGAGAUUCUUGAACCGAGUGCGCUUUCCAAACCGAACAAAAUGCUGACUCCAUCUUCUCUCGCUUUUUUCGAGAACCUGGACCUUAGUGAAGUGACGAAGCAAAUUAUUGCCGAGUACAUAUGGAUCGGGGGAUCAGGGUGCGACCUACGCAGCAAAGCCAGAACUCUAUCAUGUAGCAUGACGAGUCCAAAGGACCUUCCGAAGUGGAACUAUGAUGGAUCGAGCACUGGACAAGCUCAAGGAGAUGACAGCGAAGUUAUACUGUACCCUCAAGCAAUCUUCAGAGAUCCUUUCAGAGGAGGGCACAAUAUUCUGGUGAUCUGUGAUACAUACAGUCCAAAGGGCGAGCCUUUACCUUCGAAUAAUCGCGCCAGAGCAGCACGAAUAUUUGAGACUGAAGAGGUUGCCAUGGAGGAACCGUGGUUUGGUCUUGAACAAGAAUACACUCUUCUGCAGAAAGACAUCAACUGGCCUCUAGGCUGGCCAGUCGGUGGUUACCCUGCACCUCAGGGUCCAUACUACUGUGGGGUUGGAGCAAACAAAGCUUGGGGUCGAGAUAUAGUAAAUGCCCACUAUAAAGCUUGCCUCUAUGCCGGGGUAAAGGUCAGUGGAAUCAACGGAGAGGUCAUGCCGGGCCAGUGGGAGUUCCAAGUGGGACCCUGUGUCGGCCUCGAUGCGGGUGAUCAUCUCAUCUGUGCUCGCUACAUUUUAGAGCGAAUGACGGAGAUUGCUAAUGUUGUUCUCUCCUUCGAACCAAAACCAAUCCCAACGGGAGAGUGGAAUGGUGCUGGAUGUCACACUAACUACAGUACCAAAUCAAUGCGAUCGGCAGGAGGUUACGAGGUGAUUAGAGAAGCUAUUGAAAAACUAGGGUUGAGGCACAAAGAGCACAUAGCUCUGUAUGGUGAAGGCAAUGAGAAAAGGUUGACAGGAAAGCAUGAGACUGCAUCCAUGGACAAGUUUAGCUGGGGCGUUGCUGAUCGUGGAGCAUCAAUACGCGUGGGUCGGGAGACCGAAGCAGAUGGAAAAGGGUAUUUCGAGGACCGGCGUCCAUCAGCAAAUAUGGAUCCUUACCUCGUAACCUCAAUGAUUGCAGAAACAACCCUUUUGUGGAAACCUGUGGGCUUGAAGGAGAAGGCGUCGGCUUAGACGUUUCUUCUUGUAGGACUCGAAGAGUUCUAAUCAUGUUCUGCUGGAAGUAAGGUAAUGCACACAAGCUGGGUCAAUGAUAAACUCCAAAGCAUACUCCCGACGUCGAGGGUUUUCGAUUUGCAUGGUAGAUAUGCUAAUAAUCGCAGUAUUGCCAUGUUACGUUGGAGUUCAGCUAAGAAUCAGAAUAAUCGACAGAUGCGAGUGAACCGAUGAACAGCAAACUUGGUGUACACUGCUGUAAAUGCGAUCUAAUCUUAGGUCUCCAUUCCCAUUUGAUUUGACAGCGGUUAGCGGCGUCAGCGGUUUUUUUGAAUCCGCAGUGUACGGUUGUAAAUAUAUAUGAAGUCGAUGGCACGUUGAAGGAAAUCAAUCAUCAGGUCUGUCAUGAGAUGUUCAAACAUCUGAGGGUCAAAAGCAUGUUCUGGAAUGUGGAUAACUUCAAGCUGGUAUUCUGCAACAAACAAAUAUGUAUGUAACAAACAUUCUACGAUCAUUGUCAACUCAAAUUGAAAAUAGAAUUGGCUGUACGAUGAGUGUGAGCGAAGGUCAUGCACACUAUUCGGAUCUCUGUUAACUGGCAUUCAAAUUAAUGAUAGAAAAUGUUGAACAAAUGGGACAAAUAAGUCCACGGAUAUAGCGCCAGAAUACCGACAUGUACCACGUCUAAGUUUUAGACCUUCGCCUUUGUGCUGGGUGGGGCUUCAAUGCCGAACAUGUCUAGAUUUGUGCUUUACUAUUCCAUCAAAAGGUGAAGAAACUUUCCUCAACUAUUGGCAAUACACAAUCCGACGCAGCUACAGAAAGGAAAUGAUGACGAUGACAGCUUUUUACCUUUAGUUGACUUGAUUGAGGGUAGGCCACGCCACGAGGACAAAAUUUUAGCAUAUAGAAUCUACAGUGCCCUAUCGUCGUCCAUGACUGAAGCUUCAUCUUGG